AACUUCAAGAGAAAAGAAAUAACUUUAUCAUUAAUCCCCAAAAUUAAUAUUUUAAUUAAACUACCUCUUGAAAUUAUACAAUUCUUAUUAUAUUCUUCCACAUUAAUUUCAAGAUUUAUUUUUAUUCAAAUAAACCACCCAUUAGCUAUAGGAUUAAUACUUUUAAUUCAAACACUACAAAUUUGUUUAUUAACAGGACUAAUAGCAAAAAGAUUCUGAUUCUCCUAUAUUUUAUUUUUAAUUUUUCUAGGAGGAAUAUUAGUAUUAUUCAUCUAUGUAACUUCAUUAGCUUCAAAUGAAAUAUUUUCUUUAUCCAUAAAAUUAACAACUCUUUGUAUCACUAUUAUAACAGGCCUUACAUGUAUUUCUCUAUUUAUUGAUAAACUCUCUACACUUCCUUUUAUCCAAAACUUAGAAAUAAAUACCUACUUUAACACUAAUUUAUUUACACCUGAAAAUUCAUUAAAUCUACACAAAUUAUAUAAUUUCCCAACAAACCUAAUAACAAUUUUAUUAAUAAAUUAUUUAUUAAUUACACUAAUUGCAGUAGUAAAAAUUACUAAACUAUUCUACGGACCUCUCCGGCCUAUAAACUAAUGAACAAACCUUUACGAACCCAACACCCCCUAUUUAAAAUUGCAAAUAACGCGCUAGUAGAUCUUCCAGC